CACCGAUGUACAGGCAUUUCUUUCCAGUUUUUGACAUCUAUCAAAAACAAAGGCUGAACCAUGGCUCCAAGAAAAAACAAAGUUGCAAAAGAAGAAGUCCAAGUGACCCUUGGUCCUCAGCACUUAGCAGGUGAAACAGUGUUUGGCGUCGCCCAUAUCUUCGCCUCGUUCAAUGACACAUUCGUGCAUGUCACUGAUUUGUCUGGCCGAGAAACCAUCGCCAGGGUUACUGGUGGAAUGAAAGUAAAGGCUGAUCGUGACGAAGCUUCCCCCUACGCUGCUAUGUUGGCCGCUCAGGAUGUAGCUGAAAAGUGCAAAACUCUUGGUAUCACUGCUCUCCACAUCAAACUCCGUGCAACCGGUGGUAACAAAACCAAGACACCAGGACCUGGUGCUCAGUCGGCUCUUCGUGCUUUGGCUCGCUCCAGUAUGAAGAUUGGUCGCAUUGAAGAUGUUACUCCAGUACCCUCAGACUCUACCCGCAGGAAGGGUGGUCGACGAGGACGCAGGCUGUAAUCUGCUCUUAGCUUUAAGUUCACUGUUGACUUGAAUAAACAAGUUUACGGUA